AUGUCGAGCGGCGUCAGCAAAAUUGCGGCUGAACGCCAUCAGCGCAUCCUGCUCGAGCUGGUAGCGCAGCCCGGGAACGAUGUAUGUGCUGACUGCAAGACGAGGAAUCCAAGAUGGGCUUCACAUAAUCUGGGGAUCUUCCUAUGUGUGCAUUGCGCCGCUGUUCACCGGAAGAUGGGCACCCACAUAUCGAAAGUCAAGAGUCUCACUCUUGAUACGUGGACGAAGGAGCAAGUCGAACAUAUGAAGAACACAGGGAACAUCAAGUCGAAUGCUUAUUACAAUCCUGACGAGACGCGCCAUCCACCACCCGCGAAUAUGAUGGAAGCUGAGAGAGACAGCGAGCUGGAGAAAUACAUCAGAUCCAAGUAUGAAUUCAAGCGCUUCAUGUCUCGAAUCACCCAACCAGCGGCGCAGCAAGCCCCUUCGAGACCGGCACCUAGGGUAGCUCCCCCAGUCAAAGUGUCCCCUGAUCACUCCGCGAAAGCCGCAGCUUUGCUUGGACCUUCAAGAUCGGCAGCCAAUGUAGCUCCCAUUCGGUCGCAGACCAGUCCCUCUUCCAACAACCCUCCAAACUCCACCACCCUUCCGUCCCAGAAUCGACCUCCGAGUUCUACUGCUUCAAGGUCCAGUACAUACCCAAAUCCCUCUGGUAGCCAGCAGUACAACCAAACCCAGCAACCCUCGUCAUCUCAGCCUCAGGUGCAUAAACCGUCUGAUAAUCCUGUUUGGGACGACCUUGUCUCGCUGCAAGCCCCAGCUCAGAACAGCUCGCUGCCUCUCCAGGUCCUCUCACCGCCUCCUGCGCCUCAGAUAUCGUCCCCGAUGAACAUGACCGGGAGUCCUUACGGCAGCCUGGCGAGCAACCCAACCGGUUUCGGCACGUCGCCCAUGUCACAGCCGCAAUUUUCGUACGGUGGUAAUAUGACCGGCUCGUCGAUGGGCAACCUCGGCGUCCCGACGAUGGGUAUGAGUCUGACCGUGGGCAGCAUGCCCAGUCUCGGGAUGAACGGCGGCAAUCCGUUCCAGCAGGGCCUUCAGCCCCCGCAAAACUACGCCGGACCAUCUUCUGCGCCUACGUUCUCCCCUCUGAGCAACAUGCAGAGCAACCCCUUCUCGCCGCAGCCGCAGCCUCUCUUUAAUCCGCAGCCCCAGACGUUCUCGCCACAGCCACAGGUCGGACUGCAGCCCUUCCAGCAGCAGCAACCGUACCAACCCAUGAUGGGAGGGGGACCUGCGCCCUUCCAGCCGCAGCCCCAGCAGUUCACGCCGUCGCCUCAGCCACAGAUGCAGCCGCCAUUCGCAACUACGCCGUCCCCCAUACCGGGGUUCGGGCAGCAGUUUCAGCAGCCUCAGCAGCAGUGGGCUGGACAGCCGUAUAUGGGUGGCGGAGGGCAGUGGGGCGCGAUGUAG